AUCAAGGUACUUUUUCGGGCUACCAUUGCACAAUACUAAAAAUCGAACCAUCUACAUUUAACUAAAAAAAUACCCAAAUGACCACAAACCGGCCAACGGACUGGAUACAAAACUAGUAUAUAUUAUUGGAGGAUUUGGUUGAUGAUUUACAAGUAAAAUUGAAUCCAUAAAAAGGAAAUUAAACCCAAUAGAAAAUCAAAAUCUGAAGGCGGAAGUCUCAAAUUUGAAAUGCACAAAGUCGCGCGAUAAUUGGCCUCCUAUUUGGAUUCUCCUACCCGUUCCUCCAUUUCCUUACAAGCUGAUCCAGAUUCGGGGAGUAGAGGGAAAUGGACUCGAUCACUUCACCUCAACCAUGUCCAAACACUGUCAGCGUACGCCGGAAUCCUCCGCGGCGGGGCAGGCCGACGCCGAUGAAAGCUCCAAUUCCUUCUCAACUGGAAGAACUCCUGCCGACCACGAUAUCGGAUCCGCCACUUCCCACCGUCGCUGAUCAAGCUCCGCCGUCCGAGAGUCUGAAGGUCUUCCUCAGAAUCAAGCCGAUUGUGCGCACCAUCACUGCGGCGGCGUGCAAGCAACUAGGAGAGGCCACUAGGUCGAGAGCUAAGAAUGCCUGGCCCCAAAACCCUACCGCCAAGAAAAAUUCCACAAAGGAGAAGCAGCCGGCGAAGAAGAUCGGGAGUGAAAUUUGUAUCUCGGUGACCGACUCCCACUCGGUGACGAUAUCCCCGCCGCCGUCGCUGGUCGAUUCGAAGAAGAUCAAAUCAGAGGUUUAUGAAGGGUUUUCUCAUGUCUUCGCUUCAGAUUCCUUGCAGAAUGAGGUUUACGAGAAGAUGGUGAAGCCUAUAGUGAACGAUUUUCUUGAAGGCAGAAGCGGAAUGCUGGCCGCUUUAGGGCCUAGCGGUUCAGGCAAGACUCAUACUGUGUUUGGGACUCCAAGAGAGCGUGGAAUGGUUCCACUUGCACUUCAGCACAUCUUUAAGCAAUCUAAGGGCCGGGAUUGUAAGUUUUCAAGGUCAUUCUAUCUAUCAAUAUUUGAAAUAUAUUCUGAAAGAGGUAAAGGCGAAAAAAUAUGCGAUCUGAUUCCAGAAAGAGUAGAUUCCGGGUUGCAGUCAUCUAGUAAAAGAGUUCAAGAGGUUAUGGUUUCUAAUGCGCCAGAGGCUGAAUCCUUGAUUGCUUGUGCAAUGUUGAAGCGUGCAACAAGUAUGACCAACACAAACAGUCAGUCCAGCCGAUCUCAAUGCAUCAUUAACCUACACAUGAAACGUGGUGAAGUGAGCAAUCAGCCAGAUGAUGCUGUGCUAACUGUUGUUGACCUUGCUGGAGCUGAGAGGGAAAAGAGAACAGGGAAUCAGGGGGCGAAAUUGUUGGAGAGCAAUUUCAUCAACAACACUUCUAUGGUCUUUGGAUUAUGCCUUAGAGCAUUACUGGAGCACCAGAAGAAUCCCAAGAAACCAUUACAGAAGCAUUUCCAGAACUCUUUGUUAACCAAGUAUCUAAGAGAGUAUCUUGAAGGCAAGAAGCGGAUGAGUUUGAUAUUGACAGUGAAGCCAGGGGAAGACGACUAUUUGGACACAGCCUGCUUACUCAGACAGGCUUCUCCUUACAUGAAAAUAAAAUUCAACAAUAUUGAGGAUCCAAGUAGUUCUAUUUGCAACAAAAGGUCCAUUCAGAGUUUUUCCAGGAUUGGACAACAGAAAAGAAUGAAGCCUAGUGCCAUCGAUGCUCAGACCGAGGAGCCAAAAACCAUUGGAGAUGGGAAUCUACUUUUGCAGGAAGUUCAGACUAAUGAGGCAUCGACUAUGGACAAACCAGACUCCAUCCGAUCUAGUUCUGUAAAGCUGAGCUCCAAUGAGUCAUUAACAAGGGAGAGAAGCCACAUCAUUACGCAGAACUUUGCUAAGGCUAUAUGGAGAGUGUUGAAGCAAUACAAAGACAAGCUAGUGGUGGCUGAACGGGAAGUUGAAAGUGUAGGUGAAAACCUCAGAAAUGAAAUGGGCAGGCGCAUUGAGCUUGAAAAUGAACUUGAGGAUCUGAAGUCCCGAUGUACUUGCUCCAAGGAAAACACAGAGCAAGCCACCUUGAUCAAAGUUGAGGAGGCAGAACGAGUCUUGGAAUCCAGUCCUGUUGAUUCUCCAAAGAGUACUGAACAUGUUUCAGAACCUAUCUGUUCUGUCCCGGAACCCAAGCCUUGUGAUUCUCCAAAGAGUGCUGAGUCUGUUUCCGAACAAAUCUGUUUUGUCUCGGAACCCACUUGUAAUUCUCCAAAGACUACUGGAUCUAUUUCAGAACAGAUUCAACAAGAUACUGACACACUUGCUCAGACAAAUGCAGCCAAAUGUUCACCCCACCAAGCAUCUGAAAGCAGUAGCAGCCAUCAAGAAUCAUGCAUCAAUGAAGCAGCAGAAGACCAAAUGCCGGGCACUUCUGUGGAGCUUGGAGACGAAGAGGCCGGAUGUCUUGAUCUUAAGCAGGAUCUCGUUAUCACUCAGCCAGCAGAUGCUGAAGUUGAAGACACAGUGGAUUUGAAGAGGAAUAAACCUGGCCACUCCAUGGCGGAACCAUCCAACCCACCACAAUCUCACGUCAAAUCCAGGCUAGCUUCCAGCUUCGAAGAUCCCAAAGACGAAAUGGGAUUGGACAGACGUGGCAAGCCAACCAAACCAGAAAAACCAAAGAGGAGACUAUUGCCUGCAUCGUCUUCACUAUUGAGGGAUAUGACUGCCUUGGCCAUAGAUGACGAGCUAGAAAAACCAAAAGGGGUCAGGGGCGGGAAGAAAUCGACUGUAGAUGAUGAAACAAAGAGAACUCAGGGUAGUAUUUCUCUCCUGCGUUUGCUACAAAGUAACCUUCGACACUGAAGUAGACUCACCUGCAUAUUAAUCAUCAUCAUCCCUACGUUUUUUUAACUGUCCCUACUCCCUAACCAAUUGUCGUCCAGAAUUACUGUAUCAAGAGCCCCUCAAUUAUUUCUCCUAUGGGAAUAUGAGAUGGGUUAACUAUUUUUUUUUUUUUUUUGGGUAGAAUGAGAUGGGUUAACUCUAAGGAUGAGUUAAUAUAUAUAUAUUUCUCAGUGGUUUGAUUGAAAAUUGAAAAGUUAUGGUGUUUGAAAUAGUUAGUAUACCCAAAGAGGAGCUCGCGUCUGAUUAGCUAGUUGAUAAGGUAAUAGCUUACCAAGGCAAUGAUAAGUAGCUGCCUAACUGGUCAUUUUUGCGUUUUAUGUGCAUUGCAAAUAUGUGAUGUUGAAUUGAAGAAAUGUGACUGUGAUAU